AUGGCAUUUAAAGGCCCUUUUGGGUCUUUUAUUAUUUCGCUGCUAUUUCUGGGCCUCUGCAGCGGGGGGGCCCCCCAGCUGGGGGCCGCUCAGGGGGGGGGGGCCCCCCGGGGGGCCCCCCCCGAGGGGGUACCCCUCGAGGAGGGGCCCCCCUUGUCUGCAGAAUUUAUGUCUCAGCUUUUUAGUGCUUUUGCAGACACCGGAGGAGCAGCCCCGAGCAGCAUGCAGGAGCUGCUGAAGAACUUUAUGCUGCAGAUGCCAGCAGCAGGGGCCCCGGCUUCCCCCAGCAGCAGCAGCAGCAGCAGCAGCAGCAGCAGCAGCGGCAGCAGCAGCAGCAGCAGCGGGGAGAGCGUCCUGGGGCCCCUCCUGGAGAGCCUGCCCUCGCUGCAGCAGCUGCUGAAGGGGCUGGGGGGCCCCGGAGGGCCGGGCAGUGGCGCCGGGUUCGCUGCUGCUGCUGCUGCUGCUGCUGCUGCUGCUGCAGGGGCCCCCGAGGGGCCCGGGGGGGCCCCCCGGGGCCUCCUGGAGGGCCUGGAGAAAGUGCUGAGCAGCUUCGACUUGGAAGCUGAAGUGGAGCAGCUAAUAGGGUCCAGUGGUGCAGACGGGGGCCUCUUCCAGCUGCUGCGGCAGCUGCAGCAGCAGCAGCAGCAGCAGCAGCAGACCGGUGGACCACUGGACCUGCAGCAGCUGGCAGCAACUUUCAGCAAACUCUCCCAAACCCUCAAGGCCCAGGGCACGAAUAUCCGUGCACUUCUGCAGGAGGUCAUGGGGGCCCCCCAGCUCGCUUUGCCCCCCGUGGGGGGCCCCCCCCCCUCUUUGCUUCGCCUUUACCGCAAGUACAGGGGGCCCCCCGGGGGCCCCCAGUACCCUUUGGGGGCCCCCGGGGGGCCCCCCUCCCUCCCGGCCCACGUCAUCCGGGGGAUGAUCGGUACCCUUUCUGAGGACCUCCCGGGGGCCCCCCGGGCCUCCUCCCGCUCAGGGGGCCCCCCCCGGGGGGCCCCCUCCGUGGGGGGCCCCCAGGGGGGCCCCCGGGGGGGCCCCCCGGGGGCCCCCGGGGAGGGGGGCCCCCAGGGGGGCCCCCAGGGGGGCCCCCAGUGCCACGUGCUGCUGCUGUCGGGGGCCCUCGCGAGGGCCCCCCUGCAGGCGGGGGCCCUUUUGGGUCUUGCUGAACAAUAUGCUGCUAGGGGGGCCCCCCUGCAGUGGGAUGUAAUAGGGGGGGUUUCUCAGGGGGCCCUUUCUGCUGCUGCAGCACUAGGGUUUAGGCCAGGCCAAGAGGGGGAGUUGGCUUACGGGCGUUUCUUGUGGUCUUUUUGGAAGUCUUUAGAUCUUUCGGAUUUUUUAAAUUGCAAAAAAGGUCUUUUGGAUUUGAUGGACUUGGCGAGCAUAAUGGAGUGGCUAGCUGCUGCUGCUGCUGCUGCUGCUGCUGCAGCGCCUGCUGCUGCAGCACCUGCUGCAGCAGCAGCAGCCAGAGCCAGAAUGGCCCUCAACGCAGCAGGACUUGCCCACAGCUGCGACACAUCGCCUGCAGCAGCAACAGUGGCGCGGCUGCUGCAGCAGCUGCCCACGCCCGAGCCCCCUGCUGCUGCUGCUGCUGCUGCUGCUGCUGCUGCUGCUGCUGCUGCUGCGGGGGGCAAGCGAGUUGCUGUUGUCACAGCAGCAGAAGUAGGAGGGGGGCCCCACUCUUGGGCCUUUACAAACCCUGGCAGAGAAGACUCUUGUUUGCUGCUGGGGGCCCCCCCCCUUUCUGUGUACACUUCCUGCGCUUGGGGGCCCCCCGCUGCGGGUUUACCUGCUGCUGCAGCAGCAGCAGCAGCAGCAGGGCCCCCGGGGGGACUUCUCUUAAGGGCCCUUUUGGCUUCUAGUGCCACCCCGGGCAUUUCGUACCCUGUUCAAGUUUGGGGGCCCCAUGGGGCCCCCGGGCCCUUCGGGGCCCUGCAUGCAGCUCUUGGGGGCCCCCCUGGGGGGGCCCCCCAAGGGGGGGCCCCCCAGGGGGAGAGGGGGGCCCCCCAAGGGGGGGCCCCCCGCAGGGGGGGCCCCCAGGGGGGCCCCCAAGGGGGGGCCCCAAGGAGCGCGUAUAUGGACGGGCGGCUGGUGUGGGGCGCGAAUGCUGCUGCUGCUGGAGAGGCCUGCGUGUCUUUGCUGCUGCAGCAAGGAGCAGCAGCAGCAGCAGCAGCAAAAGGGGAAGGAAUAGUUUUUGAUUUGGUGGGGACUGUCCCUUUUGAGCAGCCAGAAGUGGAGCCGCAGCUCCUCUCCAUCGUCUCCGACCUGCAGCUGCUGCAGCCGCAGCAGCAGCAGCAGCAGCAGCAGCAGCAGCAGCAGCAGCCGCAGCAGCAGCCGCAGCAGCAGCAGCAGCAGCAGCAGCCGCAGCAGCAGCAGCAGCAGCAGCAGCAGCAGCAGCAGCAGCAGCAGCAGGAGGGGCUGUCGGGCCGGCGGCUGGCGCAGCUGCUGCAGCAAAUCUUUCCUGCUGCAGCAAUAAGACAUGCAAUAUUUCCAGAAGCUGCUGCUGCUGUUGCAAAUGAGUUUGGAGACUUCAGAGACUCCCACGGGCUGCUGCACCACGGCCGCCUUUUGGGCUGGGCUGCCAAGGGCCUCGAAGACCUCGACUAG